AUGGAAUUGCAAGGAGAAUUGCCCACCUCCAUUCUGCAGGUGGUUCGAAGUUCCCUCGUGGAAAUAUCAACCAAGAUUUCGAAGGACGCAUUUUCGAUUACGGAUACCGACUAUCGUGCUUCAGAGGUGAUCGAAUCUUUCCAGCACACCCAUAAAUUAGACGUGUACAACUUCGGUGUUCUCCUCCUUGAGAUGCUGACCGAAAAAGCUCCACUCCAAUCGCCAGGGCAUGACGACUUGGUUGAUCUUCCAAGGUGGGUCCAGUCUGUUGUUAGAGAGGAAUGGACAGCAGAGGUCUUUGACGUUGAGUUGAUGAGGUUUCAAAACAUCGAAGAAGAAAUGGUGUAG